CACGUGGGGUAUUUAAAAGUUCAUAAAACCGGAAGUACAACGAUUCAAAACAUUUUUAACAGAUAUGUAUUACAUCACAACUUGACAGAAUUGUUACCUUCACGAGGAAAUUAUCUGUCAGAUUAUUCUGGUAAGCCAAUCUGGCACGUUUUACCUCCACCUGGAAAUAAGACAUUCGACAUGUUGUUCUACCACUGUACUUUCAAUGACAAGAUUUUUCAAACUCUCUUACCUGCCGACACGGUGUAUAUUGCAUCUGUACGUAAUCCGGUCACCAGGUUUAUGUCGGCGUUUUGUUACUAUAGAGAACUAUUCGCAGGCGACAAGAAUUAUUACUUGAACAUGGUCAGUGGUAAAGGAUCAGAACUCGUUCAUAAUUUUCUACAAAAUAUCAAGAGCUAUGAUAAAGAGUUACUAUCAGAUACUCGUAACAGAAUGACAGGCGAUUUUGGAUACCCGACGAGAUAUUUCAAUGACCUUGACUUUUUCAAAGAUUACCUUCAACAUAUAGGCCAAUUCUUCGAUUUUGUGUUAGUUGCUGAACGUUUUGAAGAAUCUAUCAUAUAUAUGCGUCGCCUAUUGGGGUGGUCGUUGAAAGAUGUGAUCCAAAUUAAGAUAAACACGUGGUCUAAAUCAAGUAAUUGUAAGACCCAACUUUCACCAAAUGAAGUUGAAGUAUAUCGACAUCAUUCGCCAUUGGAUUUCAAAUUGUACAACUACUUUCUGUCGAAGUUC